AUGACUCCGAGCUGUUUCCGGUUGACAGUUAUAAAGGAAAAGGACAACCUUUUCCUCUAUAGUUCCUCUCGAGCCAAGGUGAAGAAGGGGGUGAACAUUCUGACCGUGCAGACCAGCGAGCCUCGGCAGUGGGAUGUGAGGCAGGAGGUUGGCAAUGGAGGGAAGCACACCACCACCUCUGUGGCCUGCCAGCGCCUGGGCCCCGGGGCACGCAAUAGAAGCAGCAAUCUAUUCAACGAGGUCAUGCAGAUGAACUUUGAGAUUGCCAGUUUCAGCAGCCUCUCAGGGACACAGCCCAUCACAUGGCAGGUGGAGUACCCAAGGAAGGGGACCACAGACAUCGCUGUGUCCGAGAUCUUCAUCAGCCAGAAGGACCUGGUCGCCAUUGUCCCUCUGGCUAUGGACACCGAACUCCUGAACACAGCCAUCCUCACCGGGAAGACGGUGGCCAUGCCUGUCAGGGUGGUGUCGGUGGAGGAGAACAGCACAGUGAGGGACAUCUCAGAGCUGGUGGAGUGCAAGGCCAUGGAUGAGGAUGUCAUCAAGGUUCAUCUCCUAGCCUCAUCCCUGGGACUCGGGUACUAG